UUGGCCCUUUGAAAAAAGUGAGCCAAAUGGACGCAUGCCGCAUGGGUUUUGGCCCUUUGAAAAAAGUGAGCCAAAUGGACGCAUGCCGCAUGGGUUUUGGCCCUUUUGUGCUUUCUUCUGUUUGAAGUUUGGUGGUUAUGGGGAAGCGUUUGGUGUGACCGUCUGACAUCCCUGUCUUUUCGGAGGUGAACAGUUGCUUUUGCAGUGACUUUCUGUCACAUCAGCAGACCCUGUUGCCCAUGCUUCCGAAAAAUGAGGCGACGUCUUCUCUUUCCUCUGACGUGUCGGCCAUCUAUUGGUUACUUUUCCUGCCUCCUGACGUUCCACUAUCUCUCGCAUUUAAUGCGAUGAGUAUAAAUAGCAGAGCGGUUAUUCACUUUCUUCGUUCACUUUCAAAUUCUUAGUGCAAUUUCUCUCUACCUUCUUCUCCUUUGUUCUAUCUUUCACCUUUAUUCAAGUCGUUUUCUUCUUGAUUUUUAUCAUGGCUGAUAAGAAUCCUACUCAAAAGAAGAGGAAACAUAAGAGUAGAGCACCUCCUGGUCCUGACCAGGCCCAGAUUAACUGGAAAGAAGAUGAAUUCCAGAACCUCGUUAGAGGACAUAACUUUCGAUCUGAGUGGGGGGCUCGAUAUCCUCCGUCUGGAUCUACUGCACUGGAUGCCCCCCCUGGUUUUAUCACUUUAUACGCUGCUUUCUUCCGGGAGGGCAAUUUUAGUUUACCCAUUACUAAGUUUGUUGCUGACGUUCUGAGAGGUUAUGGUCUUCAUAUUUCUCAGAUAAAUGCUAUUGGGCUCCCCCGGAUUACUCACUUCGAGUUUGUUUGCCGGUCUUAUCGAGUUGAACCGACGUUUCCAAUGUUUAACACUUUUUAUAGUGUUUCGUAUUCCAGUGGGUUCUACUCUUUCCAGGCUAGGAUGGGGGUCGCUCAGGUGUGUUCGGUGCCGAUAAAGGGCAUUCAUGACUGGAAGCAAAAGUUUUUCUACAUCCGUCGCGGUGUGAUUCCGACGGAUAUGUCGUAUAGGCAUGUGGAACAAGGGGUUCCCAGGGUGGAUGUUCUUCCCAACUAUGGUGAUCAAGACUGGUUUAAGAAGAUAACUGCGAAGCCGACGGCUAUUUCUCAACUGGAUGAGAUGGCCUUGGUUGGUGCAGGGAUGAGUUUGUUGUGGGUUCCUAAACAUCCGUUGGGUCAGCCUGCGUAUAGCCAUAAGGGCAAAUGUAUUGUUCUUUCAUGUCUCAUCCCUUGAUUAUUUCCCUUUAUUUUUAUUAUGUGUCCUUAUUUUUGUUUCCACCUUGCAGUUGGUUAUAGUUUGCUGAAUGCCUUGGACCCGAAAUCAGCGGGUGCCAUGGUUGAAGCUAUCCAAGCUGAUGGGAAUCCAACGUGGUUGGAGCAAAUACAUGACCGUUUUCUUCAUCCUACCGAUGCGAGUUUGAGUGGAUACGCCAAUGAAGUUCUUGGUGAGGAUGAUGAGGACGACUUGGUCGACGCUGGUCGAGAGGAAGUCGUUAUCCUUUCUAGUGGAAGUUCUGACCGGGAUGUUGAAGAUCUAAUAUCUCAUUCCGCGCGUGCAGGUACCACGCCUGUUGGUGUUGCUGAGCCGGUACAUGGGUUUGCUGAGGAUGAUGACGAUGCGGAGGCAUCUGUUGAUCCGUCUGCCCAGUUGGAGACGAGGAAGAGGGCAAGGACGGAGAAAUCUGUGAGAAAGGAAGGGAAGAAAGAGGGUGGAGCUGCUGGAUCUUCUCGUAAGCAACCUUCUACUCUUCCUUAUCUAGAUUAUGUGGUAGUGUCUGAUACAUUGUCUGGCCUAGGCCCUGGGGAGGUGCGUCAAGGGUCUGAUCCUGACGAUAAAGCUACUUUAACUGAGCACAUGAAGAAGAAGGCUCUUGAUGAUCAUAAGCGUCAUCUUGAUGAACAAGCUGCUGCCCUUCUUGCGGCCAAGAAGGCCAAGCUUCAGAAGGAUGCCCCCCCAGCCCCUUCUGAAUCUGAGGUUGAUUUGGGUGUAUUUAGUGGGGGUCGAGGGAAUUUGUUGGAGAAGAUAUUUGAGGCUUCUGCUUCCCGCCCUGAAUCUAAGACUAACAAGAAGCCGCGGCCAGUGGAUAUUUCUCAGAUUACUCCACCUACCUCUCCUCCUUCGAGGACUGUUGGCUUGACCCCUCCUCGAGAUGAUGCUGAUGUAACUGUGAAGGGCGGUGAAGGAUUUGAAGGUAUAUUUGAGGGAGGUGACGCUGCUGGUGGUGAUGUUGGCGGUGAUGCUGGUGGAGUUGAUAAGGGUAAAGGUAUUGAAGUGGAGAUGGAGUCUAGUGAGACUACUCCACAACAAACCAUUUACACAAAACGUCCUCCUGUUGAAGGUGGAGCCACUUCUGGCUUUGUGCGGAGUCCGCACUUUGAACAAAAUCCUGGUGAUUCCUGGGGUAACCCGGCUUGCGAUGAUUUGCCGCACGUCCCCCGUUGGGGCCUUACUCAAGGCUCCCGCAUGAAUGAUUUGCAGAACUGUCAGGAGUUCUUCUCAUUAUCCCUUCCUCCUGCCGAGAGGAUGUUUCAGAAAAACCGCAGCCGCUUUGCCCUUAUAGAUGAUCAUGUUACGGCUGGGGUUAACUUCUUUGCCACCUCUCAGGAGAUUCUUCGUGAGUGGCGUUCUAUGGGAGAAGAAACUAUGGCGUUUGAGGAGGCCAAGAAGGCAUUUGCUGAAGAGAAGGAAAAAUUUAACACAGAGCAGAAGGGUCUGCAAUGGCGGGUUACUGAGGCUGAGCGGAAAUUUGAAGAGCAGAAACAGUUAAACGAUCAAAAACAAAAGGAUUGGGAGUCGGCAUGUGCUCGUACGAACGCGGAGAUGCAGUCGCAGCGUGAUGCUAUUGUACGGCUGUCCGGUGAGAAGACUGCUCUCGCGGAAGAGGCUCAUCAAGCGCGUCUUGCGGCGGAGAAGAAGGAAAAGGAGUAUAUUGCGCGGAUAGAUAAGCUGGAGCUUCUUGUGCAAGCGAAGACUUCGGAAUGUGAGGCUGCUCAGCGUCUUCUGGAUGAGAAGACGGCGGAGUGCCGUGCGUCUGAGCUCCUUGCUGAGGAAGCUUCAGCUGAUAGUAGGUGGCUGCUAUCUCGCGGUGUUCCAUUGCUUGCUGAUCGUAUCUUGAAUUCUCCUGAGCUUGCCCAAUACAUGUUUGAGUUGGGUGGGGCAGGUUAUAAUAGUGGCCGCAAGAAUGGAUAUGCUGAAGGCAGGUGUGCUGCUGCAAACAAUGAGAAGGAUUACAAGUUUGAGCUGUAUAAGGCUGAUUGCGAUAAUGCGUAUGCGAAGAAACGGCGAGAGUUUGCAAUGCUUGAUUUUGCCGUAGUUAAGGCUGCUGGUAAGUUGGCCCUCAAAGCGGAUGGGGUAGCUUUGUUGAAGAAGGCAUUGGGAGAAGAUGAUGCUAGCGGUGCGGGUGGUGCUGGUUCCAGCCGCACUUAGUUUGGGAUUUCCGGCCUGUGUGCCGCGUACAGCCUUGUAUGGGCUUGUAAUGAUGUUUCAAGACAAUUUCUUACUUUGCACUUUUGUGUACUUUGACGAUUGUUUGUUGCUCUGAUUGUGUUUAUGCAAAUUUUGAAAUCGUCAUAAUAUGUGCAUGUUUUAAUUACUUUGAUUAGGCGUCUCGAAUGAAUGAUGGCGCUGACAGGUGAUGUGUUAUGACAACG